CGGGUCCACUUGGGACGGGUCCCUGGGUAGGUGAGGUGGGUAGGAGCUUGCUUAUAGAAAAGUGGAAUCGAGUCGUCCUUGUUAGUGGAGCCGCUGCCGCCAGGGAACUCAGAGCCGGUUCCUGUUCCUUCAAGAGUGCUGGAGGCCAAACUUGAAAUACAAGUUUAAGUUUCCCCAUCGGGCAAAAGAUAAGGAUCCGAACUCCCCCGGCCCGGUGUGCAGCAGGAGCGACCAACCCCGACCCGGGUUAAAACUCCCAGGGACUCUUCGCUGCCGCCACCUCCUGUUCUCUCCCCACGUUCCCACUCGGGGUCUCCCUCAAGGCCGGGAGGCACAGCGGUCCCUGCUUGUUGAGGGGCUGGAUGUACGCACCCGCGGGUUCCCGCGGACUUGGGGGCGCCCGCUAGCCCCGGCGCCCGCAGAGGGCUUGUGUUUGCCACCUGCAGCCUCAACCCGGAGGGCAGCGAGGGCCUACCACCAUGAUCACUGGUGUCUUCAGCAUGCGCUUGUGGACCCCGGUGGGCGUCCUGACCUCGCUGGCGUACUGUCUCCACCAGCGGCGGGUGGCCCUGGCCGAGCUGCAGGGGGCCGAUGACCAGCGUCCAGUCGACUGCAGCCUGCUGAAGUUGAAAAUGGUGCAGGUCGUGUUUCGACACGGGGCGCGGAGUCCUCUCAAGCCGCUCCCGCUGGAGGAGCAGGUAGCGUGGAACCCGCAGCUAUUAGAGGUCCCACCCCAAACUCAGUUUGAUUACACAGUCACUAGUCUAACUGGUGGUCCGAAACCAUAUUCUCCUUAUGACUCUCAAUACCGUGAGACCACCCUGAAGGGGGGCAUGUUUGCUGGGCAGCUGACCAAGGUGGGCAUGCAGCAGAUGUUUGCCUUGGGAGAGAGACUGAGGAAGAACUAUGUGGAAGACAUUCCCUUUCUUUCACCAACCUUCAACCCACAGGAGGUCUUUAUUCGUUCCACUAACAUUUUUCGGAAUCUGGAGUCCACCCGUUGUUUGCUGGCUGGGCUUUUCCAGUGUCAGAAAGAAGGACCCAUCAUCAUCCACACUGAUGAAGCAGACUCAGAAGUCUUGUAUCCCAACUACCAAAGCUGCUGGAGCCUGAGGCAGAGAACCAGAGGCCGGAGGAAGACUGCCUCUUUACAGCCAGGAAUCUCAGAGGAUUUGAAAAAGGUGAAGGAAGGGAUGGGCAUUGACAGCAGUGAUGAAGUGGACUUCUUCAUCCUCCUGGACAAUGUGGCUGCUGAGCAGGCACACAGCCUCCCAAGCUGCCCCAUGCUGAAGAGAUUUGCACGGAUGAUUGAAGAGAGAGCUGUGGACACAUCCUUGUACAUACUGCCCAAGGAAGACAGGGAAAGUCUUCAGAUGGCAGUAGGCCCAUUCCUCCAUAUCCUGGAGGGCAACCUGCUGAGAGCCAUGGAUUCUGCCACUGCACCCAAUAACAUCAGAAAGCUGUAUCUCUAUGCGGCUCAUGAUGUGACCUUCAUACCACUCUUAAUGACCCUGGGGAUUUUUGACCACAAAUGGCCACCGUUUGCUGUUGACCUGACCAUGGAACUCUACCAGCACCUGGAAUCUAAGGAGUGGUUUGUGCAGCUCUAUUACCAUGGGAAGGAGCAAGUGCCGAGAGGUUGCCCCGAUAGGCUCUGCCCGUUGGACGUGUUCUUGAACGCCAUGUCAGUUUAUACCUUAAGCCCAGGAGAAUACCACGCACUCUGCUCUCAAACUCAGGUGAUGGAAGUUGGAAAUAGAGAGUAACUGAUUUAUACAAGCAGGAUAUGUUGAUUUUAAAAUAAAGUGCCUUUAUACAAUG